GUUGAAAAUUCAUGGGAAGCAAGUGGAAUCCGAUUCCAAAUUGUUAUUCAGCCACAGCCAGUACAAAUUAUUCAUAAAUUUUUGUUAAUGGAGAAUAAUCUUUCCCACUCAAUCUUGCACUUGAGCCUUCAUGUUUAAGCUGCUAACUUCUACUCUUUCAAAAAGCAUCCAAGUCAGAAAACAGCAGGUGGUUUCUCCUGCCGCUCCUGUGUUGGUAGCUUAAAAUGGAGCUCGGAGCUACGAGGAGGACGAGCAGGUUUCCGUCAUGCAAUAAGCUGGUGGCGAUGGGGUUGAGCCUUCUAGCCGUGCUUUCUCCUCUCUAUAUCGACCGAAGAACUACAGAUGAUUCAGAGCUUGAUCCAGAUGAUCCUAUCAACUUUGCUUCUUGGCUGCCUCUUCUUCUCUUGGUGUUGAUCUUGGCCAUUGCUUUGUCGCUUUACAUAGACCGAAGCUUUUCCAGGUUUGAUCCUUAUUGGAUUCACAGGGUUGGCGGUUCUUCGUGUGGUAUAACGAUAAUUCUCAUGGUUCUGGCUUUGGUUUUGAAGUGUAAAUCUUCCAUUAGGAACCGGGAGCCUUAAGCUCAAAUCGUUUGCAGUACUUGUUCGUUUCGCUGUGUAAUUUUCUCAUCGUUGUACCGAACGAAGUUCAUGUAUCUGCUUAUAUAAAUAAGAGUAAGCAGCUUCUUAUCUCCA